GAACUACAUGAUGUCAAAACGAGACAUCUAGGUCAUAUAUGAAAAAAUAAACAGUGGAGGGAAACUCUAUCGAAUUGAUCAUUAUGUCUUAGUUUAGUCAGUAUUAUUCACCGUCUCGCAGCACAUAAUAAUGAGUAUGUUAAACCAAGCUGCAGUAGAAGCUCUUUGUUCUGCAACAUAUUUGGAGAAUUAUCUUGAUACUAUGGAAAACUUGCCCGACGAUCUACAACGAGUCGUUACACAAAUGCGCGAGUUGGAUAUCCAAUGCAGAGAUAUAAUGCAAGACAUUGAGUAUCAUCAGGAGAUAUACUCCAAAGAAGUGGAGGGCACUGCCAAGAAAAAGGCGCUGAUGUCAAUACAGAGAGCUCUUAUACGAUGUCAAGAAAUUGGUGAUGAAAAGCUUGGACUUAUGACCGUCAUUGCAGAGCAUAUCGAAAAUAGACAAAGACAGCUGGAGCAGGACAGGGAAAAUUUAGAUCCCACAUCUUCAAGAGAUGUUGAGAAAGAGGAACAACCACUAACAAUAGUUACUCAAACAAAAGCAGUGAAGCAUGAAGAAAAGAUAGAGAAAAUGCCAAUGAAACGCCAACGAAGACAAAAAACAACAAGUGACUCAAUAGCUAAAGAGGAAGAAAGGAAGGAAAUACAAGAUAAAGGUCCAAAGAAGAAAAAGAAGAGGAAGGCAGCAAAGAAAGAGCAGGCACCUGCAAGCCCAAUUGAACCUCCUAUUGACCCAGACGAACCUACUUACUGCCUCUGUGAACAAGUCUCAUAUGGAGAAAUGAUUGGCUGUGACAAUGAUGCUUGUGUUGUUGAAUGGUUUCAUUUUAAUUGUGUUGGACUUGUGAACAAGCCAAAGGGGAAGUGGUUUUGCCCAAACUGUCGAGGAGAAAACAGCAAAGUUAUGCGGAAAUUCGACAAGUGAUUGAAAAUGAUUUUUAUCUAAAUAUAUGUACAUUUUUAUGAAAUGGCAGAUUUGUAAUUAAAUUACCAGUAUGUUAUUGAGUCAAAUGUCUUUAUCCAAACAGAAAUUGUUAAUUCUCAACAUCUAUUUAAGAACUUACGAUCAGAAUUUAAUGAAAAUUCAAUUAGUAAACUAUCUUUAUGCCUUUAAGGGACAUUAGCCGUGAACAAGGACAUAACAACUUUUUAAAUCUGAACCAUGAUUGAAUGCUGGGAUGCAUUUAAAAAAUAAGAAAAAUAAAUCUGACAGUGGAAAAAAAGCAAUUCUUUUGUCAAAAUUCCAACAAAAUAUUCCAACUUGUAUGAAGUUUGAUAUGUCAAUGGUGAUUCUUAUGUAUUGUCAACCUGUUUUAGUCAUUUUAGUAACGAUCAGCAAUUUGACUUGGGCAGCUAUUGCUCUAGUAAGAGUUACAAAACUAUUGCAUUUUGAAUGCUGUGAGUGAUCUGAUAAAGGAGUGUUAUACAGUUACAUUUUGAAAGAAAAAAAUAUCUUUUCUAUUGGUGCAAAGAGGUUGGAAACAAAAUUUUUUAAAUUAGAAAAUGAGUGGAGUGUAAUACACCCUUUAUUUUCUUGAUUUAAAUAGUGCUAAAUUUAUUCAGAGUUCUCUUUCUUUGUUCAUUGAUUUAGUGUUUCAUUCGGUACAUUGUGGAAUAUGAAAUCAUUUAUUGUAAUUGUAUAUAUGAAUUAUCAGAAAAUCAGAUCGCUGCUGAUUUUAAUCUUCAUAUUAUUCAUUAUAUUAACAAAAGAACAAAUAUAUUUUAUUUCUUUUGUACAAUAUGAUUGUGCUUUAUAUACAUGUAUGUUUUAAGUAUGUGUUCAUUUAAAAUAAUUUUACACAAUUAAAGUAUUGAAUUACAA